CUUCUUGGAAAUUAGAGAGAGACAGAAUGGUAGUUGGAGUAACGGCUUCCAUUUGCCAUUCAGUACUUGGUCAAGUGCAUUGGCAAUUUCGACUUAGAAAUAGUUUGAGCAUCACCACCAAAAGCUGUACAUCUGGUGGUGGAGGGCAGAAGUUGGAGGUGGCAGAGAUAAAGGAGAGAUGCGAGAAGUGGGAAUGGAAGGGCAAAUAUUCCAUCAAUUACUUUGUUUCUCAUUCGAAAAAUAAUUCCAAUCCCCCUCUUCUUCUUGUGCAUGGAUUUGGGGCUUCCAUUCCACACUGGCGCAGGAAUAUUCGGACACUAGCCCAGAAUUCCACUGUAUAUGCAAUUGACCUUCUUGGCUUUGGAGCUUCUGAUAAACCAACAGGCUUUUCGUAUACAAUGGAAACAUGGGCACAGUUGAUAUUGGACUUCUUGGAUGAAAUUGUUCAGAAACCGACUGUGCUGAUAGGCAACUCUGUUGGAAGUCUUGCUUGUGUAAUUGCUGCCUCAGAAUCUAGUAGAAGCCUAGUUCGAGGACUUGUACUGCUCAAUUGUGCUGGUGGUAUGAACAAUAAGGCAAUUGUUGAUGAUUGGAGAAUCAAGCUAUUAUUACCAUUGCUUUGGUUGUUUGAUUUUUUGUUGAGGCAACGUGGAAUUGCUUCAGCUAUAUUUCAAAGUGUCAGAAAGAGAGAGAACUUGAAGAACAUUUUAUUGUCUGUAUAUGGAAAUAAGGAAUCUGUGGAUGAAGAGCUAGUAGAGAUCAUAAUGGAACCAACUUAUGACGAUGGGGCACUAGAUGCUUUUGUUUCUAUUGUGACUGGCCCUCCAGGGCCAAACCCUGUACAGUUGAUGCCUAGAAUCUCCCAGCCUGUGCUACUUCUGUGGGGGGAUGAAGACCCAUUUACUCCUCUUGACGGACCCGUUGGUAAAUACUUCUCUUCACUACCUUCUAAACUACCAAAUGUAAGCCUGUUUGUGUUGCAAGGAGUAGGACAUUGUCCCCAUGAUGACAGGCCUCACUUGGUCCACCAAAAGCUGCUUCCCUGGUUGGCUCAUCUUCCUGCUUCAUGAGUCUUCACACCACUUCUCUUACUUUUUGUAUAAGAUUGAUCCAUUUAGAAUAUCAUAGUGUGUGUACAUGCCAUAUUGUAACCAUGAUUUUUAGCAAUGAAACCAUUUUCGUUAUUAUA